GUCUAGGAUUUCUCGGAUACACAUUUUUCCAUCUCAGAAGUCCUUCGGUAGAUAGGAAAUGAGUCUCGGAGGUGUAUCAUCCUUCUGUUCGAGUGGCAGGAUGAGGUUUCUAAUCAUUUUCCCUCUACAGAUUCCUCCGCCAGAAAUCAUACAGGCAGCGCCUUCACUUCCGGGUCCGCCAUUUUGUUACCUUCAUUUCUCCACGAGGGGGGGUUAAAGGCCCCCAAAGUAUGCAUAUAUGAAAAGGCCAAAAAGUAACUGUCACUGACAGGGAGUCUUAACUAGAGAAGGAAACGGGACUAAACUGGCGGGCUCGGUGGAAGCACAGCCGGCAGCGUCCCGGACGAGGAGUUAUAGCUACCUGAAAACUUUUGUUCCUAUGCAUAAAGAUGUCUUUGGUGGACUUGGGAAAGAGGUUACUAGAAGCAGCAAGAAAAGGCCAAGAUGAUGAAGUGAGAACAUUGAUGGCAAAUGGAGCCCCAUUCACCACAGACUGGCUUGGAACAUCACCCCUUCACCUUGCAGCUCAGUAUGGUCAUUAUUCCACUGCAGAAGUACUCCUUCGAGCAGGUGUUAGCAGGGAUGCCCGGACCAAAGUGGACAGGACUCCGUUGCACAUGGCUGCAGCCGAUGGACAUGCGCACAUUGUGGAACUUCUUGUUAGGAAUGGUGCAGAUGUGAAUGCCAAGGACAUGUUGAAGAUGACAGCUUUACAUUGGGCCACAGAGCACCACCAUCGGGAUGUUGUAGAGUUACUUAUCAAAUAUGGAGCUGAUGUCCAUGCGUUCAGCAAAUUUGAUAAAUCUGCCUUCGACAUAGCCCUGGAAAAAAACAAUGCCGAGAUUUUGGUCAUCCUCCAGGAAGCAAUGCAAAAUCAGGUGAAUGCUAAUCCUGAGAGACCCAACCCUGUGAACAAUCCUGUGACUGUGGCUGCUCCAUUCAUCUUUACAUCAGGAGAGGUUGUUAACCUCACUAGCCUUGUUUCUUCAGCCAACACCAAAACUACCUCAGGUGACACCCCUGUCUCAACAGUACAGUUCUCAAAUUCUACCACCUCAGUGCUGGCCACUCUUGCAGCUCUUGCUGAGGCAUCAGCCCCCCUCUCCAACCCAGACAGAGCCACAGCCAAUUCAGAGGAAAUCAUAGAGGAAAAUUCUGUUGACUCAUCAAUCCAGCAAGUGAUGGGGAGUGGAGCCCAGAGGGUCAUCACUAUAGUGACUGACGGAGUCCCUCUGGGUAAUAUCCAAACUGCAAUUCCUACUGGAGGGAUUGGCCAGCCAUUUAUUGUAACUAUGCAAGAUGGACAGCAAGUUCUAACUGUACCUGCUGGUCAGGUUGCAGAGGAGACUAUAAUUGAAGAGGAAGAGGAAGAAGAAGCAGAGAAGUUGCCACUGACAAAGAAACCAAGAAUAGAAGAGAUGACAAACAGUGUGGAGGAAAGCAAGGAAGGCAGUGAGAGAGAGCUACUACAGCAGCAACUUCAAGAGGCCAAUAGAAGAGCCCAGGAAUACCGACACCAGCUCCUAAGGAAAGAGCAAGAAGCAGAACAGUACCGUCGUAAGCUGGAGGCCAUGGCCCGACAACAGCCCAAUGGAGUUGAUUUCACUAUGGUUGAAGAGGUGGCUGAAGUAGAUGCUCUAAUAGUCACAGAGGGGGAGGUGGAAGACAGAGAGACAAAAGUGACUGGGUCAGGAGGGACCAAAGAGCCUCCUCACACUGGAGUUUCCAUGGAAACUGUUUCAUCUUAACAUGCAAGGGCCACAACUUGCACUGUGUUCAUCUUAUUCGUCUUUUCAAAAAAAUUACAGAAGACAAACAUUGUAUAAAAAUCAAGAAUGUCCUUAAGAAGAAAACUAUAGCAGGGUACAGUGCUUGGGCUCAAGAAGGAUCUCUAUGCAACUGGAAAAUUCAAAGCCAUAUUUAGGGAACACUUCUUCUGAGGGGCCAAAAGAAUAAGGACCAAAUUUCUUAGUCCAUAUCGUUGUUUCAAGCAUAGAGGUAAAGGAAU